GCAUAACAGACUUUAAACUUAAACAUUACAGAUUUUUACUCCCACCUAUUCCUCUUUUGCCCCACUCUUUUCUCUUUUUUCCAUUCUAGUAGUUAUAUAGGCCGGUCGAUGUUUCAUCGAUGUCAGUAUUAAUCAAUCUCUGUAAAAUAGAGAAAGAAUUUCAAACGGCCAUUGUACUUGCAAUUAUUAGUAAAAAAAGUAUAAUAAAAAGUGCCAUUAAUUUAAAUAAAAAUGUAAAAAGUAAAGGAAUUGAUUGGGAUCUUGUUACAGAAUAUGAUCGAAAGAUAGAAAAUGAUUUACAGAAAGAAUUAUUAAACAAAUAUCCGAAUCAUAGAUUUAUUGGUGAAGAAACGACUGCAGAAAAAAAUUGUUUACCAAAAUUAACUGAUGAACCAACAUGGAUUAUAGAUCCCAUAGAUGGUACAACAAAUUUUGUUCAUCAGUUUCCACACACGUGCAUUUCUUUAGCAUUAAUAAUAAAUAAAUCAAUAGAAAUUGGAAUAGUCUAUAAUCCUUUAAUGAUGCAAUUUUUUUCUGCAAAAAGACAGAAAGGAGCUUUUUUAAAUGGUCAUCGUAUAAAAACAUCAAAAAUAACAGAUUUAUCUGAAUCAUUGAUAGCAAUGGAACCAUGGAUUGCCAAAAAUCCAAAUUAUUUAGUUAAUAUAUACACUAGAAUGCAUGCUUUAAUUCAAAGAACUCAUGGUAUAAGAUCAUUGGGCACGGCUGCACUUACAUUGUGUUAUGUUGCGAUGGGUGCAAUUGAAGCAUAUCAUGUUGAAAGUAUAGAUGCUUGGGAUGUUGCUGCAGGAAAAUUAAUAAUAGAAGAAGCAGGAGGCACGGUAAUAGAUACUGCAGGUGGAGAAUUAGAUUUAAUAACACCAAGAGUUAUAGCAGCUUGCAAUUAUCAAAUUGCUGAUCAAUUGGUUAAUCUUUUUAAAACUGCUGAUUUAGAAACUGUCAUUAAAAAUAUUUUAAAUAAAUCUUUUUAAGUUACAAAUAUUUAAUAUUCA